UAUCCGACAUGGUAACAAUACAACCAAAAACGUUAACACUUAAAACACAAACUUGUUUAGGGGCCACUCUUUGGGGCGCCAUUCUCUUUUUCCUUUCAAAAAGCAAAGCUACUAUCUUUCCUUUUCUAUUCUCUCUCUCUCUCUCUCUCUCCUUCUCUCUCUUUCUCAUUGUUACCCUGUUGGUGGAUAGCAAAACUUCAGCAACCCCUUUGCAUCUGAUCUCAGAAUCCAAACUCAAGUACCAAUUUUUUGUCAUUUCAUGAUCUAGGUGGUAGAUCGUGAAAAUGACGAGGAUGACCCGUGAUUUUGGGGAUACGAUGAAGAAAGAUGCAGUGCCUGCAGUGUCGGCCGAUGUAAUAUUUGCUUCUCUUCGGUUUCCUAAUUACAAAAUAGGGGUUAAUAAUCAGAUCAUGGAGACAAAGGGUGAUCCAAAAGUGCUAUCUAUGAAGGAGGUUGUUGCACGUGAGACUGCACAGCUGUUGGAACAGCAGAAACGAAUGUCUGUUCGGGAUCUUGCCAGUAAAUUUGAGAAGGGUUUGGCAGCUGCUGCAAAGUUGUCUGAAGAGGCUAGACUCAGAGAAGCAGCUUCACUGGAAAAACAUGUUCUUUUGAAGAAGCUUCGAGAUGCAUUGCAAUCCUUAAAAGGGAGAGUGGCAGGAAGAAACAAGGAAGAUGUAGCAGAGGCUAUUGCUAUGGUUGAAGCUCUAGCAGUUCAGUUGACUCAAAGGGAAGGAGAACUAAUCCAAGAGAAGGUUGAGGUGAAGAAGCUAACAAAUUUUCUUAAACAGGCUUCUGAAGAUGCUAAGAAACUUGUGAAUGAGGAAAGAGCUUUUGCUCGUUUUGAAAUAGAAAAUGCCAGAGCAGCAGUUCAGAGAGUUGAGGAGGCACUUCAGGAGCAUGAGAGAAUGUCUGAAGCUUCAGGGAAGCAGGACCUGGAUCAAUUAAUGAAAGAGGUUCAAGAGGCACGGAGAAUCAAAAUGCUGCAUCAGCCAAGCAAGGUUAUGGAUAUGGAACAUGAGCUUCGAGCAUUAAGGGCUCAACUUGCCGAGAAGUCUAGACUUUAUCUUCGUCUACAGAAGGAGUUAUCAAGGACAAAGAAAGGAGAAGAAAAUGUUCCCCAUUUAUAUGAAUUAGAAGGAUCAGAAACGCUAGGUUCAUAUUUGCAGAUUCAACCUUGCUCUGAUAAUACCCCUGAACUUUCAAAGUGUUCCAUUCAGUGGUAUCGUGUAGCAACUGAAGGAGCCAAAAAGGAACUUAUUUCAGGUAUCAAUUCAUAGGGUUUUGCAUUUUAAAUGAUAAUGU